AUGACGUUUUCCAGACGCGCCCAGCAGCUCUUUCCGCUCGAGCUCAGUGCGCAGAUGCAGGGCCAUGAGAGCGCCGCAAAGGUCGGCGCCAGGUUCACCUACGUGGGCGAGGUUGUCGCCUAUGAGCCCGACGGCGACUCCGGCCCCGAGGGCUCCGAGCUUGGCUUGGAUGCCAUUUUCCGUUGCUCGAGAGCGGUGUCCGUGGCGAGCGUGAUUUGGAGGCCCUACUUCUAUGCCACGUGCCAGGUGUCACUUCCACCAAAGGAGUGGGAAGUGGUAGUGCCCGCCGUGGAUGACGAGGUGCCGGCGGCUUUUCAAAGUCAAGCCUGGAAUGGGGAGAUGCUUUGCACCCACUGUGCCUCCUUGUGUGGGUCAUAUACUCCCAAGAGGAAGUAUAUCUUCAACCAUCCCAUCGAGCUGCAUUUGGACCAUAGCCCUCUCCCCCCAGAUGCGCCUACAGAUCCGAUUCCGCCGCGGAUGAUCUUUCAGGUGCUGCGCAUGGAUGCCUGGGAAAGGCACUUCCUGGAAGGCUACACCUUCAUAGAUCUACCCCAGCAGCCGGGGAGCUACGACUUAACAGGCCGGCUUUGGGCACCCCUGGGCAGCUUCUGGGACCGUCUCAGCGCUGCCUUCUGCGGCGCCUUCCUGCCGUUGCAGGCGCCGGAGCUGGUGGCUGGUGAGCAGCUGCCGAGGAACCGCUCAAGCUUGCGGGUGCGCAGCGGUGGUUUGGUGCGGGUCCGCCUCCAGGUCCUGCGCCGCGCCCCGGAGCUUGCCGAGCCGCGCCGCCGCCGCGGCCGCAGCCGCGAAAGCCGCCAGCGCCGGGAGAGCCGCGAGGGGCUGCGAAGACGCUCGCUGCGGCGAGCGGCGGAAUUCAGCCCCCAGCCACGGCCGUGA